UUAACCGGCUUCAAUUUUUUAAGUGACGUGUAUGCCGUAUGAGAUUUGCUUAUAAUGUUAUUAAAAUUAAUGUUUUAAAAUAUCAUUUUUAUAUAAAAGCCAGUACACGGUAUACGCUUCUAUUAGUUAUGGAUUCAAAAUUUUGAUAAAAGAAAUUAGAAAGUCUUAUAUUUGCGAAUUGUUUGUAAAAUAAUUACAAAUAAAGAUAUAUAAAAAUGUUUGGACUAACAAAGAAAAAUCCUUCCCAAACACAAAAUGCAGAGAAACAAGAAACAUUACUUACCUUGUCCAUACUUACUUUGGCUGCAAUUCUCUCAUUUGCCACAAGACUUUUUUCAGUCUUGAGAUUUGAGAGCGUUAUCCAUGAAUUUGACCCUUACUUUAAUUAUCGUACAACAAAAUACUUGGCAGAGCAAGGAUUUUAUUCUUUUCACAAUUGGUUUGAUGAUAGAGCAUGGUAUCCAUUGGGCAGAAUUAUUGGAGGAACUAUAUACCCUGGUCUAAUGGUAACCUCUGCAGUUAUUUACCACUUAUGUUGGUUGCUCAACAUUACAAUCGAUAUUCGUAAUGUUUGUGUAUUCCUUGCACCCUUAUUUUCAUCGUUCACAACAAUCAUAACUUAUUUGCUCACGAAAGAAGUGAAAAAUGCUGGAGCAGGUUUGGUAGCUGCAGCGUUUGUAUCAAUUGUACCUGGAUAUAUCAGCCGUUCUGUUGCUGGGAGCUAUGAUAAUGAAGGCAUUGCUAUAUUUUGUAUGCUUCUGACAUACUACACUUGGAUAAAAGCUGUUAAGACGGGAACAAUUUUUUGGGGAACUUUUAGUGCCUUGGCAUAUUUUUAUAUGGUUUCCUCUUGGGGCGGUUAUGUUUUCCUCAUAAACUUGAUACCUCUACAUGUUUUGACCUUAAUGGCAACGGGAAGGUUUGGCCAUCGUAUCUACGUUGCAUAUAGUACCUUAUAUUGUGUAGGAACUAUUUUAUCUAUGCAAAUAUCAUUUGUUGGAUUCCAGCCAGUACAAAGUUCAGAACAUAUGUUG